AUGAAUGCUUCCAAAGACAUCAAAAAUGAGUUGAGAUCAAUUUGGAGCAUCAAUUCAAUCUCUAUCGAAGCUAAGUACAUCACCAAUGGGUUUUGCUCCAGCAAAGGCAGCGAUAAUGCCCAAUUUCCAAGGAGGUUCUCAUUUGGGCAUUUGACUGAGCACCUUCAGCUUGCUAGACCUCAUGACAACCAUGCAAACUCAAGGCUUACCAGAAUUCUUGAUCAAGUGACAUUAGUGGUAAUUGACAAAGAAAUGCUCGGUCCCAGUUGUAAGGUCUUCCAUG